AUGACUGGUAAACAUUCACCAUCGAAUGGUGGUAAUUCAUCAUCAACUAAUAUGAAUGUUACAUUUGCUAAAGAUGAAAAAAACUCUUUAACUCCAUAUGAAAAACUUUUAUAUGAAUCACAAAAUGAUUUACGUUUCAAAGGUGAAGAAAAAACUGGUCGACGUAUUGGAUUUUAUCGAAUUUUAAAAGAUAUUGGUUUGGGUAAUUUCUCACGUGUUAAACUUGGUCAACAUCUACUUGCUAAAGAAAAAGUCGCAAUUAAAAUUCUUGAUAAAACAAAAUUAGAUAAUAGCACACAACGUUUACUUUUACGUGAAAUAACUUCAACGGAAAAAUUACAUCAUCCAAAUAUAAUACGUUUAUAUGAAGUUAUUGAAACAAUCAAAGAAAUUUAUAUUGUUGUAGAAUAUGCAUCCGGUGGUGAUCUCUAUUCACGUAUAACUGAGCAUGGAAAAAUGGCUGAAGAUGAAGCGAAAAUUAUUUUUGCUCAGAUAACUGCAGCUGUUGAUCAUAUGCAUAGUAAAAAUAUUGUUCAUCGUGAUAUAAAAAGUGAAAAUGUUUUCUUUGCUAAAGAACAUUUAAUAAAAUUAGGUGAUCUUGGUUUUAGUACAUAUACAGAAAAAAAUCAAACAUUAACUACAUUUUGUGGUAGUCCACCUUAUGCAGCUCCAGAAUUAUAUCGUGAUGAAAAUUAUAUUGGAAUAUAUGUUGAUAUAUGGGCUUUGGGUAUAACACUUUAUUUUAUGAUUACUGGUUUAAUGCCAUUUCGAGGAGAAAAUCUUGUUAAAUUAAAAAAAUCUAUUAUCGAUGGAAAUUUUUCAAUACCACCCUAUGUUUCAGAUCAAUGUCAAGAUCUUAUAUGUGGACUUCUCAGUUAUGAAAAACUUGAACGAUGGUCAAUUGAAAAAAUUCGUUCAUGUCCAUGGCUUAGUAGAGAAAAUUUUCCUGAAGAAUUUCAACCAUUUGCAUUAAAUUUAAGUUAUGAUUGGAUACCAUUAAGUAAAACAAAGACACAAUCAUCAAUAUCAGCAAGAACUUCAUUUGAAUAUGAAACACAUUCAAAAUUAGAAGAAUUAGGUAUUACAUCUGAUAUAUUAAAACUAAUCAGACCAAAAGAUUCGGAUGAAAAAUAUCUUUCCAAUCGUGAUAGUAUCAAUGGAACAUAUAGAAUUAUAUUACAUCGUGUACAAAAGCAAUCUAAUUCUCUUGAACGUGAUCUGGUAUAUGAUAGAGGAAUAAGUGAAGAUGUAUCCGCACCAAGAGGUCGAUCAAUGUCUGUAAAUAUCGAAACAAAGCCAAGAAAAAAUAAACAAAAUAUAAAUAAUUCAUUUCAUACGCAUUCAGAAAGAACGAAAAUGUGUAUUAUUUUAUAA